CAAAAAUCCCCCUCUCUCUAUCUCUCUUCCACUCAAUUCCUCUCCAAUCACCAACCUCACUUUCCCUUCUAUAUAACACGGAGAUUUGCACUCACCCUUUCUCACACUACUCUCUCUUAACUCUCAACCCUAGUACACCACCAUGGCCGCAGCCCGAGCCGUCGUAAUCCUCUCAUUCCUCCUCCUCAUCUCGGCCUCCUUCACCUCCGGGUGUGGCACGUGCAAGCCGCACCCGGCGCCCAAGGCGCCCCCGGUGAACCCAUUCUGCCCCAGGGACACGUUGAAGCUCGGCGUUUGUGCUGACCUCCUGGGCCUGGUGAAUGUGGUGAUCGGGGAGCCCCCGUCGGGCGACAAGUGCUGCCCGCUGCUCGAGGGGCUGGCCGACUUGGAGGUGGCGGCGUGCCUCUGCACUGCCAUCAAGGCGAACGUGCUUGGCAUCAACCUAGACGUCCCGGUGGCGCUCAGUGUCUUGCUCAGCGCUUGCCAGAAAACGGUUCCUCCCGGUUUCAAAUGUGAUUGAAUGCAGUGAGAACUGAGAAGUUCAUUAAAACUUGAGAUUGAUUUGUCUUGUGUUCCUCUUCUUUGUUUGUGUGUGCUCUCUCCCUCUCCCUCUCUCUCUCUCUCUCUCUCUCUCUCUCUCUCUCUCUGUUUAGGUUUGAAUGAUUUAAUUUCAUGCAAUAGGCUAGGCAAGAAUGUUUGCCUUUAGUGUACUAAUAAUGCAUUGUAUUUGUUACCAAUCUGCAGUAGUAUUAUUGUGACGAUUUGAUGCUGCAUGUGUCCAAAAUUAUGGAAUUGCUGGAUUUAUUUCACAUUGUAUACACAAUUAAUCUCAAUUCAUUCUUUAAUUGUUAUUA